AUGAGGGUACGGGAUACUAAGAUGUCAUUGGAUUUUGAUCCCUCCAUCCCCAAUACGGACACUGCUGUUGUUCAAGUGCUCGACCCAGAAUCACUACGUCCCGUCAAUGCUGGAACUGCAGUUUCAAAUAGAACACAAGCUGUACUACGGAGAAGUCGUGAUGAAAGCGUUAAUGCUGAAUUGAAUCUUCAUCCUGGUACUAAUUAUACAGGUCGGUUAACUUUUGUUUCAGGUGAAAAAUUGGGCCGUAAAGCUAGGUUGCACGUUUCACUAGCAUGCAACGGUAAGAUCAAAGUUCUACACAGGACAAAGGCUAUGCAAUGUGAUAAGAAGGGUAUUGCCUAUUACGAGGAAACUUUUGGAUUUCAAGCUCCGCCUGAAGCAAGCUUAAUCUUUGGUGGAACAUCAUACCAUUUAAUGCGAAGAGACGAGCAUUUGGGAAUCGCGCAAAUUCCCUUGGACGAUCCAUCUGUUAAUAGAGGUAAACUAAUCAGUACCAAUCUGGAUAAAGGCAUAGUUAAUUUUAGACUCAAUUAUCCGGUUGCCGAAGUGGAAGAAGAACCCGAGGCACAACACUUUCUCUCUGAUUACCGGUAUCCUGAUGAUGAAUCGCAAUACGAGGAAAAAAUGUACGGAAAAAAUGUAGUUGUAUGA